AUGUCCACAUCGCCUUUAGUGCCAGUAAAGAGUCCUCCUUACGCAGACGUCAUGGAUGAUGCGUCCACAUCUUUGCCGGGGUUUGUUGCAGAGGAGAUUAUUGAAGAGUCAUACGGUGCACUUAACAACGGAGCAAGAACAGCAGUAAGUGCAGAAACCGGAACAUCUUCUGAGGAAAACGACCCUAACGAAGGUUAUCUUCUGCCAUUCAACCAGACUGUGGCUGUACAUUCCUUUGCAAUCAUUCCAGUGGAGUUGAUGAAAAACAGAUCUGUUUUAGGCUCAUCGUUGGCCAACUGGUUCGGCUCGAUGUACGCAUACAUUUUGACGUACUACAUCCCUGUAUAUUUGACCACUGUGCUAGACAUCCCAUCGGAGGGUGUUGGCUUGAGAUUGAUUCCAAACAUUUUUGCCACUUCUUUGUCCAGUAUUUUGAGCGGAUAUUACAUGAAAUGGAGCGGCAAGUACCUCAGGUUCUCCAUCAUCAUCAACGCCAUUGGUACUCACGGUAUCUUCCAAAGCUCGGUUACUUCCGUUCAGUACGCUUUCAGAAGUAUCGGUUCUACUCUUGGUACUUCCUUUUCUUCGUACCUCUUCACAACAAGUUUGUCCCACUACUUGACUGUCAAGUUGACGAGCGAGAGACCUGCAGAUGUUACUGACGAUAUGCUACAGGCUAUCAUCCAUGCUGCAUCCCACGAUGCAACCUACAUUAGAUCCAAAGAAGCCCCUGUCUGGGCUACUAGUUUGAUGAUCGACUCCUACAACAUCAGUGUGUGGUACACUUUUGUGCUUGCUCUUGUCACUUCCGUACUUGGGUUGCUUGCAGUCUGUGCCAUCAAGGAGAACAAGCUUCACACAAUGGGCGGAAUGACAUGUUCAUCGUGCUCGAAUUCCAUAAAGGCGGAAGUGGCAAAGAUAGACGGAGUGGAGUCUGUAUCUGUUUCUUUGCUCACAGAAGAAGCAACUGUAACGCAUGCGCCAUCGGUUACGACAGAGGAGCUUAUCGAGAAGAUAGAGGAUAUGGGAUUCGACGCCAACUUCAUUGACAACAAGCUGAACUCAAGCUCGGCUAUUGUCACCGGCACACUGAAAUUAUAUGGGUUGGUAGAUCAAUCUUCCGCAGAUACUGUCGAGCAAAGUAUAUCAAACUUGGAAGGUGUUUUGAGUUGUCAGUUGACAGUUGCAUCCGAGGAAAUGACUGUUGAAUACGAUCCAGAUGUCACUGGAAUAAGAGCAAUUCUCCAAGUGGUUAAUGCUUCUGGGUACGAUGCUCUGGUCAAAAACAAGCUAGAUUCUACGACCCAGAUAGAUUUGCUUGCAAAAGUGAAAGAAAUCAACUAUUGGAGAGACAAUUUUUUCAGCCUUUUGAAGUUUGGCUUACCAGUUAUAUUUUUGAGCCAUAUUUUCCCCAUAAUAAGAAAAAGUUGCCACUGGGAUAGCAAUAAAAUGAGAGUCACAAAUGGUUUAUAUUGGGACAUCAUCCUCCAAUUCAGUCUUGGAACAUAUAUACAGUUUUGGUUAGGGGAGAAAUUUUACAUUAAUUGUUUCAAAUCAUUAAGUCAUGGAAGUGGCAGUAUGGAUGUUUUGAUCUGUACUUCUACGUCAAUUAUUUAUUUAUAUUCAGUAUUCAGCAUCAUUCACGGAAUAUUCACGGAUAGUUAUCCCGUCAUCCUAUUCGACACUUCCACUAUGCUACUUAUGUUUGUCAGUUUGGGAAAAUGGGUAGAAAGUAAGGCCAAGGGUAAUACGUCAACUGCAUUGUCCAAACUAUUGUCAUUGGCGCCAUCGUCUUGUGUUAUUGUAAAAAACCCAGAGAUGUUCAAUAAAGGGAGGGUUACAACACUAGACAGUUCACUGAUCACUCAACAACAAAUAGGCAUAGACUUGCUACAAAAAAACGAUAUUGCAGUUAUUCUUCCCGGGGCCAAAGUACCUUCCGAUGGUGUUUGCGUUUUUGGCACUUCGGAAGUUGACGAAUCUUUGCUCACAGGUGAAUCGCUUCCCGUGAGAAAGGUGAUUGGCUCGGUUUUAAUAGGUGGUUCUGUGAAUAUAAUUUCUACGAUUUUCAUGAGAAUCACUAAAUUAGGCGAACAAACACAACUUCAACAAAUUGUUAAAUUGGUAAAAGAUGCCCAAAUUUCAAACGCUCCAGUUCAAAGAUUUUCUGAUACAAUUGCUUCCAUAUUUGUUCCUUGCAUUCUAAUAUUCUCAAUCUUGUCAUUAAUAUUCUGGACAUCAUAUGUUGAAUAUACCCCCAUAGAUUCAAUCCCACCCAUUUUUUUGGAUUCAAAAGAUCCAUCUAAAGUUGCUUAUUUCAAAGUAUUACAGGUUGCAAUUUCUGUCAUUGUUGUAGCUUGCCCGUGCGCAUUGGGUUUAGCUGCACCAACCGCAGUUAUGGUGGGAACCGGUGUUGGGGCAACCAAUGGUAUUCUUAUCAAAGGUGGCGAAGUUCUAGAAAAUGCAAGUAAGGUCAAUUGCGUCAUUUUUGACAAAACUGGUACUUUGACUAAUGGUUUCAUGGAGCUUACAAGCUUCCGCUUUUUAGGACAAUACACAGAAAGUGCAAACUUUUUAUGGUCAUUACUACAAGUGAUUGAAUCGAAUAGCGAACAUCCAAUUGCAAAGGCAAUUGUUAGAUGUUGCAAUCAAGAGCUACUUAAUCAAAACCCAUAUUUGUUUGAAAUAUCUUCUGUUGACACACAUGCAGGAUUGGGAAUAUCAGCUAGCUGCGUAGAUAUUGAAACAAAAAGAGCAAUUGAUGUUAAGUUGGGUAACUCAAAGUUUUUGGAAAGAUUUAAAAUCUUGAAUACGGUAGAAUUUGAAGAAUCUUUAGCCCAUUGUUCUGCUAAAUUUAGAAUAAGCUCCAUUUGCCACAUUUUAAUCAAUGGCGCAUAUGCUGGCUAUGUUGAAUUAUCAGACUCUUUGAAAUCUGACGCUAAGACCACUAUUGAAACAUUCAUAGAUCAGGGAUAUUCAGUUGGUAUGGUGACCGGCGAUUUGAAGGACACCUCUCGUCAUGUUGCAAACCUUUUGGGUAUACCUUUAAACAAUGUUCUCGCAGAGGCAAGUCCGGAGCAUAAAUUAGAGUAUGUUAAGAAGUUGCAGGAACUGAAUUUCAAUGUUGCUUUUGUUGGCGAUGGAAUAAAUGACGCUCCUGCUUUAGUUCAAUCUAAUGUUGGAGUAGCCAUUUCCUCGGGCACCGAUAUUGCCAUGAGCGCAGCUGAUAUUAUCCUCUUGUCAUCAACAGAAGAGUCUUCUAGUGCUGAAGGUGUGGAAGAAGUAAAUGUUAGCAACAACUCUCAUAUUGGUUUGCUGGGAGUCUAUGCAAGUUUUGAUAUCUCUUCAGCCACUUUCAGCACCAUAAAACUGAAUUUUCUCUUGGCUAUUAUCUACAAUAUGGUAAUGCUGCCCAUCGCAAUGGGGCUUCUGAUUAUUCCGUUUAGUAUUACCAUGCAUCCCAUGUUUGCAAGUGCAGCAAUGGCGUGCUCUUCCAUUUCUGUAGUUGGCAACUCUUUGCGGCUAAAACGUUGGUCUGUCACCAAACUAAAAAGAAAAAUGCAAAACAGUGCAGACAAAUCCUAUAACCUUGGUUGGAAUGACGGUUUGCCAGACAUUAGAGGAGACAUCAAUGAGCUGUCUGUCGACAGCUUUGUUGCCAAUGGUAACAGUCGUAUGACUAGUGUCAGUUUUGCUGUGUCCAGGUUUUACAAGUCGCUCACAGGUCUUUUCAGAAGACGGAAUCAAUAUACUCAUCUUAAUUAG